UUUUGUUUUGGCAGCAUGGAGGCCGCCCCGCGCAGUGGCGGACCGGCCGACGUCGACCGCUUGAGCGCCCAAGUCCGCGCGACGGCCGAGAAGCUGCGCAAGCGAGCCGAAGACGCAGCUUCAAGAAAUGGCACGCAGGCGUCGACGGCCAUGCUUCUCUCUGUCGACCAGCUGCUCCAAGCUGCCGAUCUUUUGCAGCUCCAGCAGACCCAGCUCGCGGCACAGGCGCCUCGGAGUGGCGCCAUGUCCUCGAUGCACAUGUCGUCGACCAUCCGGCACCUUGUUCAGGUCGCCAACAUGCUUGACAAGAAGAGCGACGAGAUGAAGGCCAAGCAGGCCAUGGGUCCGGCCAAUGCGUUGGCCACGUCGGCGUCGCACGUCCGCACGGGCGUCGACGCCCUCGAGCGCAUCCACACGUGGAUCCACGACCAGCUGGGCGAGGCCAUGACCGUCGACUUGGACAUCAUUGCAGCGCUGGAGCAGAUCUCGGGACAUGGGACGUCAGCACCAGAGGUUGACGUUGCAGCAUACGUUGCCAGCGCCAUCGAGCAGGAACAGGUCAAGUACGCGGCCGACAUCGGCGUGCUCCAGGCCCAACUCGACGUGCAAGUGGCGGUGGCUCAAGCGUACAAGCAGAAGCUCGAUGACACACUCGAAGCCGCCGACGCAGAGCGCGAAGACCUCAGCGCUCGCGUGGCAGCCAACGAGAGCGCACAUGCCGCCGCUGUUCGGGAACUAGAGCUAGCGCACGCGGCCGCGUGUAGCGCACAAGCGACGCAGUGCGAAUCGCUAGUGGCGGAGCGCGACGCUACCCGUGCUGAAAUCGAGUCGCUCACGAGUGAGCUCCGCGCCAAAGAAGACUCGGCGCGCGACGACGCCCACGCCCACGAAGCCGCUCUCCAAGCUCUGCGCGACGACCUUGUCUCACUGCAAGCUACCGCCGCCACCACCGACGCCUCGUGGCGCCAGCAGUUGGACGCACAAGCGGCAGUGCUCGCAGCAGCGUCCGAAGCGUCAUCCGAGCGCCCAUCGCAGCAGGACGCUGAGCAAAAGCUUAUGGACCUGACCGUGUCGGUCGCGUCCUUGCAGGCAGCGCUGGACGAGGCGCGGUACGAGCAGGACGACGUCGCGGCCAAGCUGGCUGCUGCGCUCGAGACGUUGGCUCUAAAAGAGGAGCGCCUCUCGGACCUCGAAGCCACGUUGGCUGCGACGGCAAGUCCCUACGUCGACGAAGUCGGCCCGCCCCAAGUCGACGACUCGCUGCAGCACGAGCUCGCUGCGACACUGGGUCGCGUUACCGAGCUGCAGAUGGACGUUCAAGCGCUCGCGGCGCAGCUCGCAGCCCUUGAGGCGACCAACGCCGACUUGCAAUCGCGACUCGAUGAAGCCAACGCUGCCGAGAGCGCUGCGGCGACACUGCGUGCCGAGAGCGACGAGCUUCGCGCCGCCGUUCAGAGUGCAGAGUCGCUUCAAAGCGCGUCGGAAGCGCGAGUCGCAACGCUGGAAGCUGUCAUGGCCAGACAAGCUGCCGACAUGGAGGCGCGGGUCGCAACGUUGGAAGCGACGAUAGCGUCGCAAGCUGCCGACGCAGACGCGCAGCUCGCCGACAUCUGCGCCCAGCGGGACGCUGCGGUGACGGCACACAAUACGCUUCAGGCCGACCUCGAAGCAGCGCGCGUGGAUCUCCGCACCGUCUCGGAGAAGGCGGCGUCUCUGCAGCAGCAGGUCGUCGCGCUCGAGGCCCAGCAAGUGUCCACGGACGUGCAAGCCGAGUUGAUCGAAGCCCGCGCCCAGCUGAGCACGGCGCUCGAAGCGCAUUUUGUUCUUAGCGCCAGCGAAGCAGCGCUGCAGCUGGAGCUCCAAGUCGCGCGGGAGGAGCUCCACAGAGCAACCUCGUCAAUGGCGUCUCUGCAACUCCAAGUCGACGCGCAUCAAACUAGCGAGCAGACGCAUGCGGUCGAGCUCCAGCGUGCCGCUGCAGUCGAGGCGCAACUCCGCAGUGAGAUCGACACGGUCCGCGCCGAGCUCGCAGCGCGGGAUACGACGUGCGCUCGGCUUGUAGAGCGCCAGCGCAGUGUCGACGCGCAACUGUUGCAGUUGAAGGCGCAGGCGCAGGCUGCCGGGGCCGACUGGCAUCUCGAGAAGGCCGCAGUGACCAAGCUCUUGCACAACUGGCAGUCGGACCUGCGCGAGAAGUGCGACGUGGUGCUGAGCCAAGUGGUGGCCGGCGACGCCGGCGCGACCGACCUGCAGACGCUCCAGGCGGCGUUUGACCAGUACAAGACGCGGGCUGGCGCGGCGCUCAAGAAAGCCGAGAAGCGCGCGGCGCUCCUCAACCCGAUGCGCAGCGCAAACGAGGCGCUGAGUACGCGCGUCGCGGACCUCGACGCCCAGCUACGGGACCAGCAGGAGCGCGUUGAGGCGGCGCACAUGGCCGUCGAAGAAAUGACGAUGCGUAUGAGCAGUCUCAACGAUCUUGCCGCAGCGGUCGAGCAGGCAGCUUCUGCGCAAACCGCCUUGGCGGCCAAGGAGGCGGAUAUCGAGGGCUUGCGGUGCGAGGUCGCUGCGUCGGCGGCCCAGCUGGACCUGGCCGAGACUGUCGUCGCUGAGAAGGACAAGUUCCUUAGCUCCCUCCGAGAACAGAUUCGGGAGCUGCAGCAUGCGCUCGAGGCAGCCGAGGCCACCCACGCUGUGGCCCUCGCAGCCAAGGACGCUGCAAUUGACGCCGCCGUCGGCGCGCGUGACGCCAUCCUCGCUGAGGCCAAGGUUGGCAAGGCAGCGCUUGAAACCAAGCUCUCGGUGCAGGCCGCUGCCUACGACGAGCGCAUCGAGCUCAUCCACCACGACUACGCACAGCAGCAAGAGGCCAAAAAGGCGCCUGACGUCCCGGACGACACCAAGGUGGCGCUGAAAGAGGCCGACGAACUGCGUCGCGCGACAGACGCCCUGGAAGCGCUGCAUGCCGACGAGAUUCUUGGCCUCCAGGCCACGCUGCACGCCGAGAAGGAACGCGUCGCAGCGCUCACGAAUCGCAUCUCGCAGCUUGAGGCAUCGCUCGAUGAACGGGGCAAAACAACCCAGGCGCUCGGCCAAGACCCAAAGCCGCGCUCGAUCGAAGUUGCGUUAGCUCCCUCGGACACGCCGCCGGUGUCUUUCCCGUCGUUCGGUCCGCCGUCCAACCCAAACCCGGCGGCUGCGUCGUCGGACGUGGAGAUUCUCCGAGCCAAGGUGCUCGCGCACGAGAACACGAUCGCCAGCUUGCAAGAGACUCUGACCGAGAAGCUGCAGCAACUCGCGGCGCUCAAACAGCCCAAGCACGUCACGGUCCUCGAAGACCUCCAGCGUGUCGUGGACGAAGAGCGCGACGCGGUCGCUCAGCGCCAGGGUUGGCACCAUCAGCAAAUGACGUCACUGACCGACGCUGCCCACGCGUGGCUGGAAUCGGCGCGGGCGCAGUUCGCGCUCCACGAAGAGAUUCAAUUGUCGCUCGAGAAGCGCGAGUCGCCGCCGACGCCCGACGUGGCAGCCAUCGCGUCCGACGUGAUGGAGCCCGGUCUUAUCUUCAAGAGCGGUGUCGUCGUCAAGGCCGGCGCCAACUUCUCGCUCCCAGUCGUGUGCACCGUCGGGACGGUCGUCGACUGGACCUUCCGCAUCGACGAGGUCGGCGGCGAUGUCGACUUUUAUCUGCGCUUUGUCAGCGACGACGGCAGCCGCCGCGAGGUGCAGCCGCUGGACCGCGUCGAGAAGCUCAGCGGCGCCUUCACCGUCGACGCACCCGGGACGCUCACGUUCUCCUGGGACAAUAGCUUCUCGUGGCUCAACGAAAAGACACUCGACUACCACGUCGCCGUGCUCGAGCGCGUCGAUGUGGCCACCCAAGCGCACCGGCGCCAGGUCGCCGCCUCGGACGCCGAGCUCGCGAGUCUCCGCGACCACCUCGCCCUCCUGACAAAGGAGGAAGCUGUGAUGGCGAACCUACUCGCUUUCCAGGCGACGGCCGCGCCGCUCCUCCAGAACCUCGAGCUCUGUCUCGAGGAGUGCUCGGCCCAUCGCGAGAUGGUGGUGUGUCCCAAGCUCGAGCAGGUUCAGGCGCGCAUGGAGGCGCUCAAGGCGAUGAUCAGCCUCUACGUGGCCGAGCAACACACGCUCAGCGAGUCGUCAGCAACGCUCCACGAACUGGCGGCCGAGAUCCGCAGCGAGCAAAGCGACGUGUGCACGACGCACUCGCUCUGGGCGAACCGCGUCACGACCUCCGACGUUGUCCGCGCCGAGAUCCAAGCUGCCGAAGCGCAGCGCGCACCCCACUAAGAAGAAUCGCAUCUUAGACAUGCGUUUUGUGGGUUUCAAACGUUGCGACGGAAACGCCCGCAGGACGAGUCAUCCCAAGCUACCCAAGACGAAGCGCCUGCAGUUGACCUCGCGCCGGUGCAGCACCCGUCGCAGCAGCAGUCGUACUGUACUAGUAUGGUAUAUUCACUUGCUGC